UGUAGUCUCAGGUUAUUAGCAGGGGGCUUCUCACUAGGACUACUAAAAUUUGAUAAUUAUAUCCAACUUUUAGUUUUCCGCACACAUAUUUGACUAUUCGCAGGGUUCUUAUAACAAGCUCCCUACUGCUGCUCAUCAAUAAGCUUGAGUUAUGGGGGUCUCCAAUCAUGACUCAACAGCCGUAAGUUGUCCCCAUCCAAUACACUAACGCCCAAAACGACAGCAACCACGCCAAAAUUCUACAAGAAACAACAGCCACACCCAUGACCACGCCCCAUACUCCCACGCCCACAACCACACACCAUGAGUACAUAUUCAAUAAUUUGGAGUUGUGGUUUAACAAGAGCGAGCUACUUGGGUUUGUGAAUAACUCGUACACUUCAGAAAAGAUCUUGCGUCAUAAAUAAGCUCGAGAUAUGAUCGAUCCGGUUGAUAAAGUAUCAAUUGAGUUGAGUAAUCUAGAUGAGAAUAUUAUUUUAGAGGAGGGGAAAUCUUCCAAGCUCAAGGAAGAUGGAGGACAUAGAAGUACAAGUAGUGCUGCAGCAAAAGGGUCAAAACUGGAGAAAGUUGUUAUUAACGCAUAUCAGAUUCAUCAUCAGCCAAAAAUAUUCCUUCCAAAGUGGGAUAUCAUAUUUACAGUAGCAUCUGCAUUUGCUGUGUUCGUUGAUCCUUUGAGCUGCUACGUUCCCGUCAUCAUCGAAGAUAGCACGUGCUACUAUUGGGACCAAACCUUGAUGUGGACAUUUUUCGCCUUACGAUCAGCCGGUGAUCUAUUUUAUGCAACGGACAUUUUCGUUUUCAUAAAGCGGCGUCGCGGCAAUGUUAAUGCCAAGCCAUUUGGGACCUCCUGGAUAAAGUUUUUUGGCGGUCCUCAUUCCACAAUUUGCAAGGUGUUGAAUGGCCAGAAAUCACUUAGGUUCAUAGGCAUUCUACCUCGCAUUUGUGCUGCUCUUCCUAUUCUACAGGCAAUCAUACUUGUUGGAAAAUAUACAAACCUUAUUAAAACGUACCAUCAGCUAUUUUAUCUAAUUCCAAUCCAAUAUACUCUACGGGCUUAUAACCUCUACCAAUGGCUCGAUCAGCAUGCUAACAUAGAGACGGCAGUAAAAAGAUUUCUUAAAGCUGCUCUGGACUUCCUUCCAUUCAUCCUUGCUGCUCAUCUAUUCGGAGCCUUGUGGUACUUUUUUGCUGUGGAACGAAAGAUAGUUUGUUGACAGGAGCAUAUAUGUGAAUUUGAAGAUAUAUGUGGGGAAACAGUUGAAUAUUUCUUCUAUUGCAGUAGAUUCA